UGUUUGUUUACCCUUCGAUCAGCUGAGCGGCGGCGGCCGGACUACCUCGACGGGAAGGAACAAUUUCUCGCAUGGAACGCUAAUUUCAGGCUUUAAUCUGGGGGGAUCCCGAUCUCGGAGAAGCUAUGCCAAAAUUCCAUAGACAAGUACCGGAAGUGUGUAAUAGAAAGGAACCAAGUGUACCCUUAAGCCUAAUCCCAGUCUGAAGAUUGCCUGGUAUGUACGGUCCCAGCCGAUCAAAUUAUGGAGGGUAUGGCGGUUACUGGGGUGGAUAUGGCCGACCUCCACAUCCACCUCCUCCGCCCCCUGUCCCAUCUCACCAGCCACCACCACCAUUCCAUCCACCUCCUCCACCAUUUCACUUUCGUCCAGUUAGGCCGCCUCCGCACACUCUACGUCCCCCUCCACCUCCGCCUCCAAUAAGGCUUCCACGACCCCAGCAGCAGCAACAGCCUCCUUACCCACAGCCUCCCAUACAAUCGCAACAAACAUGCCAGCAGCUCUACAUGCCCCAGCAACAGGAGAGGAAGAGCCCUACCCUCAAUUCAAGCCGUCCCCAGUCCGCUCAAGCUCCAUCAAAUCAGCAAAAUUACAGAUCGAGGCAGAGCAAUGGCAGCACCUUACACAGAAGAUCCAGUGACACUCCACCAUACCAGGGCAUGGAUGAGGAUGAAGUCAUCCCCAUUGGCUUCGGAUCUCCAUUGGUGCCAAGAUCAAAGGAGAAGGAAAUGGAACCACUAAGCCCAAAGCCGCUUGUACCAAAUAAUAAAAGGCCAUUACCAGUUGAACUUGAUCCAGACUUACCUGAGGAGUUAGUUUCAAAGUUCCAUAACAAUUCCUGCGAGUUAUGUGAUGUUAGGCUGAAUUCCAGAGUUCAAGCGAAAAACCAUUACGAAGGCAAGCAGCACAAGAAGAAAGUGAAAAAUUAUAUAGACAUGUUAGCAAAGGAAGGUCAGCCUCCAGCCAAAGUACCAAAGUUAGACUUGUCAACUCCAAAAAAGAAAUCAGAACCUCUGGAUGUUAGUCAGCUUUACUGUAAAUGCUGUGACCUAAGCUUUACGUCGGAGCAGCACGCACAGCAGCACUACAUGGGACGCAAUCACCAGAGGGUGUUACAUGGGCUCAAACCUUUGAAAGCUGGCUACUACAACAAGGAAACGGGGAAAUGGCAAAGGAUGCCACCAGAUCCACGAGUGUCUGUGGAGAGAAUUGACCUGAACCUGGAACCGACCUCGGACGACGGAACAGGGUCGAACUCGGAUAGGCAGCUUGAUCCAGACGGGGUGAAGGAGAGAGGAAGGUUUUACUGCGAGAUGUGCAGUGUCUCUGCAACGUCCCAGGAGCAGCUGGAUGGCCACCUGGUGGGUCAACGCCACAUGAAAGCUGUAAGAGCCACCGCAAAGAAGGCCAGCACGGCAGUUCCAGGGCCGACAGACAGCAUUCUUGCAAGUGUGAUAAAAGCUGAUGAGGUGAAGAAGCCCAAGUCAAAGGAUUUCUCCAUCUACAGGACACCCUCAGGUAAGUAUUACUGUGCUCCCUGCGACCUCACGCUAAACUCGGAGAGUCAGUUUGCUCAACAUGUAGAGUCCAAGAAACACAAGACGCGGAGAGUCAAGUAAAGAGAAGUCACCAGGGUAACCCGAGGAGUAACGUGCGAGGACGGGAUAUACAUAAUGUACAUUGUUUCACACAGCUGUUUG